AUGCACACAAAGGUUCUCGCACCGCUGGCGGGUAACCGCAUUCAGGCGGCGCAUAAAUUUCCGCAGCUGCGUCUGCAGCCGACGCAGCACCGUCUCAUGACGCGGCGUCGGCAGUGCAACCUGCCACUGCGGCUCUUCCACCCCAGCAGUGUCGACUUCGCCAAGCAGGAACUAGAGGCCGGCCGCAUUGUGGAGGUCCGCCGAGAUGACAAGUCGUUGGUGGCACUCGGCUUCUACGAGCCGCAUCUGCAGCGAGUGGAUGUGUUCGACAUGACAGCGAGCUUGGCCGCAAUGUUGCCGGCGGUCAGCGAAGACUUUUUUAUGGCCCGCGUGCACGAAGCAUGGGAGCGGCGCCGGCGCAUUCUUCCGCAGACGCAGAGCAACACGUACCGCAUCGUCAACGGCUACGCGGAUAGUCUGCCGUCCCUCUUCGUGGACGUUUUCUCUGAGUGCUUCGUGCGCGUCGUGGCAACGUCAUGUGGGGCGGAGCGGCUAGUGACACCCCUGUUGGACUUCCUGUCUCGCCGCGGCGCUGAGGAUGUGCUCUUGGACACCCCGACUCUCGGCGACGCGUCGCGGGUGUCGAUUAUCACGCCCACCAUCUCGCUCCCGCAGAUGUAUGUGGAGAGCGGUGUGAGUCACCUCUGGCUGAGACCCGACAUGCGGAUGCCGUCAACGGAGAACUUGUUUCUCAUCAACCCCGCACACCGCCGCACCCGUCGCAUGAUGCGCGAUGUGGGGAAGGGAAAGCGCGUCCUCACCAUCUACGACCGCUGCGGGUCGGCCGCGAUGAACGCGAUCAUGACGGCAAAGCAUGUCACCGUUGUUCACCGCGAGGAGGCGCCGCUGGAGUGGGCGCGGGAAAACCUAAUUUGCAACCACUCCGCCUCUGUGUUCAAAGCCUGCGAGACCGUCUGCUGCGACCCUGCCGAGCUGCGUGUACGACACCAGCAGGAUGUUGUCUAUAUCGAGUGCCACCCCAAGUUCCUCAGUACCAGUAAUCAGUGGGCGGAGCUCGUGUGUUCGCUCUCAAACAACAAAGUUAUCGGCGUUGGCACGAUGCUCAUCGUGGCCCAGGAAGAGGCACCGCUUGGUGUGCACGACCUCCUGCUCCGUCGCAAGGUAUUCUAUGGCGGCGACGAGAGCAAAGCCAAUCAGGAUUGCCCAAUGAAGCGCCGUCCCCUCGCAGAUGUACUGCGCAACGCGCUGGAGAAGUGCCAUUUGCGCCUCAAGUUUCUACGCGCCUUCUCUGUCGCCUGCGACCACCCGUUGUUGCCGGAGGCGGAGAGCGCAUCCUUCUCGCAAGUAUACCUCGUGGAGGGUCCUGCGCUGGAGCAGGUCUUCCGUGUGUCCGCUUUGAGCCACAGGAAAGAGCGCAUCGAUGAGGCAGUGUAA